AUGGAACAAAUAGGUGGUGGUGAUGCAAGGUGGUCUCUCAAGGGCAUGUCUGCCCUUGGCACGGGCGGUACUCGAGGCAUUGGUCAUGCCAUUGUAGAAGAAUUAGCACGUUUUGAAGCUGUUGUGUAUACAUGUUCUCGUAAUAAAAAAGAGUUAGAUGAAUGUUUAGAAGAAUGGAAGCAAAAGGGCUUUCGAGUAGCAGGGUCUGUGUGUGAUUUAUCAAUACGAGCCCAACGGGAUAAGCUAAUAGAGACUGUUACCACUUAUUUCGAUGGGAAGAUCAAUAUCUUGGUGAACAAUGCCGGCACAAGUCGACUUAAGGAAGCCACAGAAUUCACAGCUGAAGAUUACUCACUGAUAAUGGGUACAAAUUUUGAGGCUUCUUAUCAUUUGUGUCAACUUGCACACCCAUUUCUCAAGGCAUCAGGUUGUGGAAGCAUUGUGUUUAUUUCUUCUGUGGGUGGACUUAUGGCAGUUCCUUUUGUCUCUUUGUAUGCAGCAUCUAAAGGCGCAAUGAAUCAGGUAACAAAGAACUUGGCAUGCGAAUGGGCAAAGGAUAACAUCCGUGUAAAUGCAGUCGCGCCAUGGAUAAUCGAAACAUCCUUGAUCAAAGCCUUAGCUCCAACACCUGAUCAGAUGCAAAUUCUGGAAGGCUUAAUCAAUCGAACUCCUCUGCGCCGCCCUGGACAGCCUAGUGAAGUUUCUUCUUUGGUGGCAUUCCUAUGUUUCCCUGCUGCUUCUUAUAUCACUGGACAAGUUAUCUAUGUAGAUGGUGGAGUCACAGUGAAUGCUUUUCCAUAA